AUGCCACGCUACCGUGCAAACUCUCUAUCCAUGGGAUUUGGUUCCGUGUCCCCACCAAGGCCACAACCCGAAGAAGUUGAAGAACCUGCAAAGGGAAAAGGGAAAAGGACGAUGCUGGGAAAACUAACCCAUGCCGGAAAGAAGAGCGCACUUCGCCUUUUCCACGGUGGUCAGUCACCCAAGAAAACCUCUGAGGAGUUCCCCGACAAGUCGCCGAAGAAGUCACCCGAGAAGUCUUCGCCGAAAAAGAAAAAGAACGAAGGCAUCGUGCCACACAACUAUGAGGAUCAGAUGUGUACGGGUGAUUUCAACCUCCAUCCAAAUGCAAUCCGCAGCACCCGGAGCCUCUGGGGACACUUUGGCCGUAGCUCGAACGUUAACCUGGCAUUCAUGGGUGGUGACGCUGCUCGAAGCGCCCCUUCUGGGCCACCAAAGCUGAAAUCGCCAAAGAAACUGAAACACAAAGCCAGUGUGUUUGACUUCGAAAAAUCACCAAGGAAACUAAAGCACAAAGCCAGUGCCAUUGAUAUUGAGAAAUCACCAAGAAAACUGAAGAACAAAGUCAGUGCGAUUGACCUCGAGACGGCAGCUGCCGCAGCCAGGGCGGCCACGAGAAGAACGGCAUGGCUAUUGCCAGAGGACGAUGAGAAUGACCUGGAGUAUGCUUGA